AGUCUUAUAUAGUCUGCUUAUACACAACCAUGAGGAUCUUCUUCGAGACUCGUCAAUCUCAGUUCCUUUUUUAUUGACCCUCAACUUUCCGAUCAUUCCCUCAUUUCAAUCUUCAGUUCAUCCUUGAAGUGAUUAGGAUUUCAUAAUUUCUUUCCCCUUUGUUGAAAUUCGCCUCUCAAGAUCGAGAUUUUGUCUCCGAGGGAAGGACUGGACAAGAUAGCAAUCGUUUCUGCAUCUGGUGCAAUGAAUCCACAUGGAUCAUCUUUGAAUCCAUAUGCAACAUCCUACAUUCCACUCUCUCAGAGAGGGGCUAACAGAACUUUUGUAGCGGAAAACUCUUCGAGGGAAAAUAUUGGGUCUAAGAGAACUUUUAUAGUGGAAAACGCUUCGAGGGAAAAUAUUGGGGCUAACUUGCCUGGAUAUUCUGAACAGUGUGUAUAUAAUCCUCCAUAUAGCAACAUUUCCCCUCGUUUAAAUAUGCAUCAUGGUAAAAAGGCACCUGUUGCAGCUGCUUCUGCUGUGAAGAAUCACCCUUUUCAUGGAUCAUUGUCACAACAAAGUGGUGAUUUGACAGAAAUGGAGAUGUUUGAUAGAGAAGUUAACAUGGAUCUUGAAUUGCUUCAAGUCAGUUUCCCUGGACUUUCUGAACAGUCCCUUACCGAUGUCUAUUUUGCGAACAAAGGUGAUUUGGAUGCUGCUAUAGACAUGCUGAGCCAGCUUGAGAACAAACAUCCACAUGAUGUUGAAUACGACCCUGAAAGUCUCCCAGACACUUUGGACAUCGGUGAUAUCUCCGAAUCCGGGUUUGUAGCUGUUGAUCAAGCCUCUUUCAGAAUGAAGAAUGUAGCCAAUCAUGCAAGUACUUCAUCCAGAUUCUAAGAGUGUCUGUUGGUUUUGAGAAGUGAACUUCUCUUUCCCUUUCUGGGUUUUCUUUGAUUACUUUUUUACUAUAUAAGUAAACAUCUUCCUUUGGGAUAAGGUAUCCUCUCUGGUUAUAGGAUUGUAUAGUGUUAUGAGUUCCUUGUACUUGCACGAACUCAUUUGCAAUGGUGGUGUUAUCUUCAUUUCGACCGAUCAAAAAGAUCGAAAUAUAGCCGAGCUUUGCCCUUCUACACUUCUUUUGUGUUGUGUUGUAGGGUACACACAUACCUCACAAAAACAGCUUCAUAUUUGAACUAUUUGGAUUCAUAGAGUUGUAUGUCUAUUGCUUCGAUAGACUUUUUGAAAUUGGACCA